UAUAUCUUGAACCUAAUCACAAGGAAAAACAUCAGCUAAUUAUGAUUAAAGUUUGCCAGGUACGUGAAGAGAAUAAUGGAAUGGAAUACUAAUCUCAGCAAAUUAGAUGUUGCUGCCGGAAAGUUUGUCUUAACUGAUAUAAAGGGGGGACAUGAGGAAUGAGGAAGCUGUUAUUGAAGAACUCACCUACAUUCUGAAAUUGACUCUGUUAAAUACAAUGUACAAUUAGUACUCAUGCUUAUGAUAUAUCGUUUAUUUCAUCAAAUAGCCAAUGAGAAUUAGAGCACAGCAAGACAAACACCAGUGACAAGAAUUGCAAGAAAUCAAAAAGUUUCUGCUAGCAAAGUUCAAAGAGAGUGAGAGCUUGCAUCUGUAUUUUGUUUAUAUCUAGAAAUGCGUUGAGGGGAACAAUGUGUUUGUCUAGGUAUCUCUACUAACUUACUCUCAGAAUAUCCUAAUCCGUCAUCACUACACUAUAAAUUCGUCUUUGUGUCCUCCCUCUAGUCAAAACACCAUGUCUAUUCUGAUUCUUAUGAUUACAUUGAUAUUUCUAGGCGUGUUCCUGAAAUUCUUGCAUUUAGUCCUCUGGGUUCCAUGGAGAAUUCAACAGCACUUCAAGAAACAAGGCAUAGAAGGCCCUGGCUACUGUCCCAUCUUUGGGAACUCGAGAGAGAUCAUGAAGAUGACAAUUGAAGCUGAAUCAAAGUCCAUUCCUUUCAACCAGGAUAUACUUCAUAGGAUUGCGCCACACUAUUAUCAGUGGUCAGCCAAGUAUGGCAAGACGUUCUUGUUCUGGUUCGGGAUGAAGCCAAGGCUGGCUGUGGCGGAUCCUGAGAUGGUUAAAAUGAUUCUGCCAAAUAGUUCAAGCGACACAUUUGAUAAGAUUGGCUUCAAUCCUCUGGCUGGAGUGCUCAUUGGGCAGGGACUUAACGGCUUGGUGGGGGAGAAAUGGACUCUACAUCGGAAGAUUGCAAGCCCGGCCUUUAACAUGGAGAGAGUGAAGGCCUGGGUACCCGAAAUGGUAGCUAGUGUCGUAAAGAUGAUGGAAAAGUGGGAAGAACAAAGCAGAGGAAAGGAUCACUGUGAGCUCGAAAUGCAAAACGAGUUUCAUGACUUGAUUGCAGAGAUCCUAUCAAAAACAGCUUUCAGCAGUAGUUUUGAAGAAGGGAAACACAUUUUUCAAUUGCAAGAACAGCAAGUUGGCCUUGCAUUGCUAGCUUUGCGAAGUGUUUACUUUCCUGGAUUUAGAUUUUUACCUACUAAGACGAAUAGAUUGAGAUGGAGUCUAGAGAAGCAAACUCGGGACUCAAUUAGGAAGAUCAUCAGGACAAAUGAAAAAACAAGAGAUAACUCAAAGAAUCUACUGAACCAACUAAUGUCAGCUAACAUGAACGAGCUUGGUCAGGUAUUGGAGGUGGAAGAGGUCAUAGACGAAUGCAAGACAUUCUAUUUUGCAGGAAAGGAAACAACUGCUAAUGUUUUGACCUGGGCAGUUUUACUCCUUGCAUUGCAUCAAGAUUGGCAAAGCAAGGCUCGCGAGGAAGUUCUUAGGGUAUGCAAAGACAAUGAGUUUCCAUCUGCAGAAAAUUUGGGCCACUUAAAAAUUGUUGGCUGGAUACUAGACGAGACGCUGAGACUAUACCCUCCAAUAGCCAAUAUGACUCGAAAGACAACCAAGAAAGUUGUGGUUGGCGGCCUAAACAUUCCAGCAGGAACAGAGUUUUAUUUAGCAGUAGCUGCCAUCCAUCACGACGAAGAGAUAUGGGGAGCAGAUGCCAAGGAGUUCAAUCCGUCCAGGUUUAGCGGAACUUGCAGCAGACAUUUGGCUUCCUACAUGCCAUUUGGCUUAGGUUCCAGGAUCUGCAUAGGCCAGAACUUGGCAGUGGUGGAAGCAAAAAUAAUCCUGGCUACAAUCCUCAAGAAGUUUGCUUUCGUCGUCUCGCCUUCGUAUGUUCAUGCUCCAGUCAUGUCUUUCACUGUGCAGCCUCAGUAUGGUGCUCAUGUUCUUGUUCAGAAGAUCUUGAAUGAAGAUUAGUAAAACUUCUUUGAAAAGAAGCUGUAAAUAAAUAAGCUAGCAUCUUUUUUUAUACAAUUAAACACACUUGCCGUUUGAUAAGGUUCGAACCCUGGUUAUUUAUUCUCUCUGUUUGCAGCAACAUUCAGUUGAUCAUGAUUCAUGAGAUUGAACUAGUAAUAAAACUUUUGUAAUUUAUCUUUA